AUGGCUCCGAGAAAAGCCACCGCAGCCGCCCCCAAGACCGCAAAACAAACCACGACCGCUGCAAAGAAGACUGCUGCUGGCAAGCAGUCUGAUGGCGUCAAGAAAGCUGUCGCAAAACCCGCUGCAAAGAAGGCAACUUCAACAAAGAAAUCCACCACCGCCAACAGCAAGGACACCAUCAACAAAGCGCCCGUCAUCAAGCAUGCUCCAAAGAAGACAGCAGUAACAACAGUGAAAGCUCCAACAGUAUCACCACCUGCUGAAAAGGCAGCUGCCUCUAAAAAGCGCAAAGCCGAAGAAGACGUUGAAAAUGAUGAAGAGCCAAAGGCUAAUAGCAGUAAGCGACGCAAGGCGGACGAGGCCGAGUCUAAAGCAUCAGUAUCUAAACGUCCUGCUACGGCCGCAAAAAAACCUAAGGUGGUCAAACCUAAAGUCGUCAUCAAUCAUGCUCCUACGCAACGCCUCGAUAUCUACGUCAGCGGCGAAGGCAGUCAAGGUGAAUUAGGUCUCGGGGCUGGCAGUGGUUCUACGAAUGCACUUAAACCACGUCUAAAUCCAAACCUGUCAGCUGCUGAUGUCGGAGUCGUGCAGCUGGCGGCAGGAGGCAUGCAUUGUGCUGCUUUGACUUACGACAACAAGAUUCUUACCUGGGGUGUCAACGAUGAAGGUGCUCUUGGACGAGAUACGCAAUGGGAUGGUGGCUUAGUAGAUGUUGACGAUAACAAGAGUGAUGACAGUAGCGAUGAUGUGGAGUUAAAUCCUCGGGAGGCAACUCCUGCACCAGUGGAGUUUACCGAUCUCCCAGAAGGAACGGUCUUCACCCAAGUCACAGCAGGUGACAGUACCACAUUUGCCCUCACGGACGAGGGACAAGUAUAUGGCUGGGGAACAUUUAGGGGCAACGAUGGGAUUUUAGGCUUUUCUACAUCAACCCAAAUCCAACGACGACCCGUUCUAGUCUCAGGGUUGAAGAAGGUCACAAAGCUGGCUGCAGGAGCCAACCAUGUCCUUGCUCUCUGCAGCAAUGGAGCCGUCUUCGCCUGGGGCGCUGGCCAACAACAUCAACUCGGUCGACGGAUCGUCCAACGCUCCAAACUCAACGGGCUCGUCCCGCGUGAGUUCGGCCUCCCCAAAGCCAUGAUCGACAUUGCAGCCGGCGACACCCACUCCUUUGCCAUCCACAAAAACGGCAAAGUCUAUACCUGGGGCUUAAACAACUACGGCCAAACCGGCAUCGCCGAGGGCGCCGGCGGUGACGAAGCCGUGAUCCUCCACCCUACCAUCGUCACCAGUCUCCAGGAUAAAGGAAAUGUCGUAUGCAUUGAUGGAGGCCAGUUCCACAGCAUCGCCGUUACCGAGGACGAGAAAUGCCUCACCUGGGGCAGAGUCGAUGGAUACCAGGUCGGAAUCAAACUUAACACCCUGCCCGACGGCGACGUGAUCCGAGACUCGAGGAACAACCCGAAGAUCCUCACCAUGCCGACCCAAGUCCCCGGCAUCGAUGCAGUCCAGGCGGCAGCGGGGACAGAUUAUUCCAUCGCCGUGACGAGUGCGGGAAAGGCAUACAGCUGGGGCUUCAGCGAUGGAUACCGUACCGGUCAGGGCACAGAUGACGAUAUCGAAGAGGCUAGAGUGAUGAACGGCAAGGCGAUCGCGGACAAGAAGAUCAUCUGGGCCGGUGCUGGAGGUCAGUUUAGCGUCCUGGCUGGCGAGGCCGCGCCGCUCAUGAAUGGUGUGGCGCACUGA